UGGCGGAAGUUCAGAGGCGUCAACGUAGGGAGGAAGAAAGGCACCGCGCACGGAAUGAAGCAAUGUGAGCAGAGGAAUGAAGCAGCGGCGGGGAUGGCGGACCAAAAACUAACGGUACUCUUGAAGCUUUUAGCAGCAGGCUUUUACGGAAUAAGCUCUUUCCUUAUAGUUGUGGUGAAUAAGAGCGUCCUGACCAAUUACAGGUUCCCCUCUUCAAUAUGUGUUGGCAUUGGUCAGAUGCUGGCAACGGUUGUUGUUUUACGGGUGGGAAAGGCCCUCCGGGUGAUCACCUUCCCUGAGUUUGAUGGUAGCAUACCUAGAAAGACAUUUCCACUACCUUUUCUGUAUGUUGGGAAUCAAAUAACUGGACUCUUUGGAACAAAAAGGCUUAACCUGCCGAUGUUUACAGUAUUGAGGAGGUUUUCUAUUCUCUUUACUAUGCUUGCAGAGGGUUUCUUGUUAAAAAAGAAAUUCUCCCGGCCAAUUCAGCUAACAGUAUUUACAAUGAUUCUAGGGGCCUUUGUAGCUGCAAGUGCUGAUCUGGCCUUUGACCUGCAAGGGUACGUGUUCAUUUUAAUGAACGACGUCUUAACUGCUGCCAAUGGAGCUUUUGUGAAACAGAAACUUGACUCUAAGGAGCUGGGAAAGUAUGGCCUGCUCUAUUACAAUGCUUUAUUUAUGAUUCUUCCAACACUACUUUUGGCACAUGUCACAGGAGAUAUGGAUAAGGCUUUUGAUUAUGAAGGUUGGUCAGACAUGCUUUUUAUAGGUCAAUUCAUCCUCUCUUGUAUAAUGGGGUUUGUUUUAAUGUACUCCACAGUGCUUUGCACUCAGUAUAACUCUGCGCUAACUACUACCAUCGUCGGAUGCCUAAAAAAUAUAUUAGUGACGUAUAUUGGAAUGGUGUUCGGAGGGGAUUACAUUUUCUCAUGGACUAACUUCAUUGGUCUAAACGUCAGUAUUGCUGGCAGUCUGGUGUACUCCUACAUUACCUUCACAGAGGAGCAGACCACUAAACAGAGUGACAAUGCCAACAAACUGGAGGUCAAAGGGAAAGUGGCUGUAUGACAACUAGUGUUUGGACACUGUUGUCAUGCACAGAGCUGUGACUGGGUUUUUGCAUUUGUUACAAGAACAAGUUGUCUGUGAAUUCACUCCGGGGAAGUCUGUUGGUGUCACGAAGAAGAUACUGACUGUAAAAGGUACUGCAGACGCACAGAGUAUGUUGUCUCUAAUGAAAGUUGAAGUUCUGGAAUUUUUUGUUUCAGAGUGAAACGGUUAAAAUAACAUCAGUAAAUAUUUAGCUGUUAAUUGUCUGUGUUAGAAAUAGGACAGUUGUGCCCUGAAAUGAUCUGUUUCCCAGGCAUGUUGCACUUUGGCUGCUAUUGCCAUAAAUUGGGAUAGAUGACUGUCAAUAAUUUAAAAACACAGCGGUUUUAUUGCCUGUUGAAGAAUGCUUUACAGAUUAUUUUGUACUAGUCAGUAAGGCUAUUUAUUUUUAUGAGACUUUGUUAGGUUUUAGAAAAAACGUUACAUUCUUUAUUUUAUUAUAGUAUUAAAAAGGGAGUUAUUUUUUACAUGUUUAAAUAGUCUUGCACCAGUUCUGGUACCCUGUUUCAACACAACUUGAACUGUAAAGUUUUAUUUUCAGACUUUACUGGAAUGUUCCUUCAAAGCCUGAAUGAUACAUGGGAACGUGUGUUUCUAAGUGUUUAAAACUAUAAGGUAUGUGUGUGCAAACAAGUUGAUGUUCGAUUUGAAUAUUUUAAAAACAAGCUUUAAACGGAUAUUGGCUGAGUUUCCUGAUAACGUUGCAACUUAAGCUUUUACGAUCAUCUUAACUAACGUUGCUCGUCAUUUUAUGAUGGAGUAAUGUCUGUUUCCCAAACCGGUACGUAGAUCGUUCGUUAUAAAGUAGAACUUAAUUGCUUCGUUAAGGGAGCUGUCUGGUCCAAAAGUGCUGAUAACUUUGGCAAAUAUUUCCAGAGUUUGUCUUCUCAACAUGAAAAUAAUGUGGAAAUACUGACAAACAUGGAAGUUGUUUGUAACCUUGUCGAGGUGCCGAAAUUAAUGAACUAUUACAGCAUUUAGUUGAAGAAAUAAUUAUGUGUUUAGUGAGAUGGAGUUUCAGAUUUAUUGAUGCUCAAUCAUAGAGAUUAAUUAAAGUGAUGCAAUAAAUAUAAAUGCACAUUCGUGAAUGUAUGCUAUGUGAAUCCUAUGCGACUCAGGUAGACUAAAGUUUUGUUCCUUUGGCUGGAAACUGAACAAAUGCACACAGAACAGGAUUAAAAUUACGGGCAUCAAUAUUGAACUACUCAUUAACCAGAUGAUCUAUUAAUAUUUAGACAGGUCUGAGUGUGAGGCACAGUGUAGGCUACUUGUAGCCUUACUGCCAUUAUGCAUCAUGCAGUUUGUUACUGCCUUGUAAAAAAGACUAUAGGCGAGCCGAUUUGAAACAUCCAUUGAAGGUAGAAAGAAGAGGACAAGGACAAGAGAGAGGGAAUCUCUCAUUGCACAUACUCACUCUGAUCUCCUUUUAACCAAAUAAAAAUAAUAAAAAAAUGUAUUUAAGUUUUAAACUGCAUGGUCACAUUACUCAAGUAUAUCUUCUUAAAUAAUCUGUUCAGUAAGAACAUAUCAUCUUUCUAUUGCCAUUACAAUUCUGCUUUUCAAAGAAGGCAAAUAUAAGGUACUGUAUUGUCUUGUAAUAUAGACCUAUCAAGUCGCAUGCGCAGACUGCGGAGGCUGCCUAUUGAUUUUAUGCAUUUUUUUUUAUCCUCUGAAAUAGUUUACAAUGACAUUCCACUGAUCAAAACAUAUUAAUACAAUUUAUUCAAUGUCCCAUUGUCUUUGAUAAACUGUGAACGUUGCCAGAAAGAUACAUUUUAAGUUGCUUUUAAUGGAUUUAAGAGUGGUUCAAAGCUCCUGUUAAUAUAUGAACUGUUUUAUCCAAGUAACUACUUGGAUAACAAUACUUUUGGUAAACGCGCCUUAGAGAUUAAGUAUUAAAGUGCUACUAACAUCCUACUUAGUUCUUAGGGGAAACCCAGCCCAUUUCUGUUUAAGAGUUAUCAGUGUUACAAAUUUCACCUGAAAUUCUAAAAACUGCAUAUCUAAUGUUUUGUACUUUGGAAUAAGAUGCAGUAACACUUGUUUUGUACUGAUGAAAUCAUGCUUUUUAUUAUUAAGACAAAAGGUGUAGUAAUUGCACUUUAACAGUUUACAGGUUCUCUCAGUUUUGUCAGAGAUUUAAAAUGAAUAUUUGUCAGUAGAUUUUGCAAGAACGUUAUAAUACAAGUAUUUGUUAUUUGUCUUCGUCAAAUGUGGCUACAUUUGAGAUAUGUCAGAAAAAGAAAUAAGGUCUCCUGCGUUAUGUCUGAUGUUGCUAUUUUUUGACUAAUCAAAACUGGAUGUAUUUUGAGGUUAUUGAAUGUCUAUUCACAUGCAUACAAAUCUGAUGUUGAUAUUUUUGACCAAUCCAUUCAGAUAAUAUCACAGGUUUCUCAAUUAUUUCUUUUUCUAUAAAUGUAAAAAAAAAAGUAUUUAUUCUGGGGUUAUUGAUUGAAUGUCUGUUCACAUGCAUCUAUGCCGUUGCUUAGGAAUUUGGUAAUUUAUUUUACUGAUAACAUACAUUUUUUGGGCACUGACUUUUCAAAGACCUACUGUUGCUGCAAACAUGUUUAAAUGGCAUGAGAAUUCAAUUUGCAUUUUUAUUUAUUCUCAUUUAAAAAAUUUUUUUUAUAUAUAUAUAUAUAUAUAUAUAUAUAUAUAUAUAUAUAUAUAUAUAUAUAAAACACCUGUCAAAUUGAACCAUUAUACUUGUGUCAAAAUGUUAGUAAAUGCUCACUGAUUGUAUCAGUGGGAAGCAGGAAGUGUUUAUGACAUUUAAAAUACCUCAACUCAAAGAUGUUUAUCUUUUGUAUUUUAUUAUUUUAAGUUCAUAAAGCAAGAAUACAUUUCAUAUUACUUUUGCACAUUACCUGCUACUUCUAUGGUAAUUAAACAUUGUGUUGUUUUUUCUGCAAUAAAGUUAU